AUUAUUUAUUUGGUAAUGCUUUACAGGUGGAUAUGAAGGGUUACCUGAAAACAACGGGGUGGGUAUUUAAACUCCAGGCCGAAACCACUACAGUAGGAACACAUAGAGAUUGCGAUUUAUGUUUACAGAAUGGAGGAGUUGAGGAGCAUCACGCCCUGAUCGAAUGGAGCAAAUCAGAGCCAUGCUUUGUGCUGAGUGACCUGAACUCUGCCCAUGGUACAUAUGUCAACGACUGUCGUAUCCACAAUGCAGCCGUGCGUCUAACCCCAGGCGAUGAACUGCACUUUGGCUAUGGAGGCUCCACCUACCAGCUAGCUGUGGAAAGCCCAUCUAUGCUCCCCUGCCCUCCCAAGAGCAUCUGGACAGCCAAUCAGAACUCCCUGCAGCUGAUAGAAGAGCCCCCCCUUGCCCAGUCUCCCUCCUCCCCCACCUCCCAGCUCCCUCUCCUACCUGGCAAUACUUCUGCCCCUGUUGCGUGGGUAUGGGGACAAUCAUCUGUCACCCCUCAUCCCCCUAGCCGGGCUCGACCAGCCAGUGCUGGGACCAAACGGACUGGGCAGAGCAUCCCCUCCGAACAACAAGGGACAACCUCACGCAGACCAGGAAGUUGGACUGGACACACAGGAAGCGGGGCCCCUCAGAGAACUGGAGCAAUAGCAUCUGAAAGUUUUCAGACCAUGCAGCACCUCUUACAGGAGAAGGAGGAGAGGCUGCUGCGGAUAGGAGACGAGAUCAGCAGGCUGGCUGUGUUUGAGAGUGAGUCCCAGAGGAAGGACAGGGUGAUUGCAGGGCUGAGGGAUGAGGUGUCAGCUCUGAGACACCAGCUGACCCAGAGCCAGCAGACCGACCAGGAGAUCAAACACAGGCUGCUCAGUCUGGAGAGGGACAUCAAUGACAAGAGGGAGCAGAUCCAAAGGAUGAAGGAGCAGAUGGUAGAGCUGCAGAGGGGCUCCAGUGAGGUGUUUAGGCAUUCUGUCACCGAGCGAGACCUAAAGAUUUCCAACCUAAGAGGUCAGAUGGAGAGACUGAAGAGGGAAAGCAGCACUGCCUCAGGUCUGGUAAGAAGCUUACAGAGAGACCUGAGUUUGAGGGAGAAGCAGGCUCUGAAACUGGCGUCUGAGGUGGACAGACUCCGGCAGGACAUCCGACACAAGGACAUCCAACUGGGGGCUACUGCCACCAAGUUCUCCAAAAUGAGCAAGAAGCACCAGGAGGAGUUACUCAACCAUGAAAAUGAGGUGAUGACACUGAAGAAGAGCAUUGAGAGGCUGGAGGUUGCUUUGAGGGAUAAGCAGAGGCUCCUGGAGCACCAAACAACAGAGAGGGACUUGCUAAAAAACAGACUGGAGAAGAAGAUUGGGGAGCAAGCUUCUAUGUUCGCGGAGUCUGAGGCAGAGAGGCACACACAACAAAAGAAGAGCAAAGCUGAGCUGGAUCUGGUGCAAGAACAGAUUGAGCACCUUCGUGACCAGCUGCUGAUGAUGUUACCCACUGAACCCUCUGACUCCACUUUCCAUGAUACCUUGUCAGACCAGCAGGUAUUAGAGCAGGUGGCAGAGCUGCUAGGAGAGAGAGAGAGCCUGAUGAGUAAAUUAGAGGAGCUGGAAGGACAACUGAAGGAGCUCAUGACUGAACAGGAGGGGGCAGCAGAGGACACAGAGAGACUGAAGAGUAGGCUGGAGACCUGUCAGGAGGCAUGCUCGGCAAAUGCACUGGAAAAGGCCAUGACCUCACUACAGGAGGAGAGUGUGUCACCAGCUCUGGCCUGGGUCAAGGCUUCAGUCCUCUCCAUAAUGGCUACCCAGCUCCCACUGCUUCAGAGUGCCACCCAGGCACUACUGGAAGCUGGGAUAGAUGCUUCACAUCUCACUGAAGGAGUCCUGAGUGGCAUCAGAACCCUGGUCAAUGAGCAUCAGGGUUACACAGUGGAGCUUCAGCGUUUGAAGAUAGACCUGGAGGAGCUCCAGGAGAGAGAAGCAAAGUCCAGAGAGCUGCAGGAGCUUCUGAGCAUUACCAGAGAGGAGCUGGUGCAGCAGAGACAGCAGAUGACUGUGGCACAGCAUGAAGAAGAGGCCAGGAAGAAGGAGUUGGAGGAGCUAAAGGAGGAGUUGGAGGCACUCAGACAAGCCCAGACUAAACUGAAGCAGGAGGCACAGACCCAGGAGGCCGAGUGGUGCACCAGGCUGGAGGAGGCAGGCAGGAGGAAGGAGGAGUGGCAGGAUAAGGUGAAGGAGGUCUUGGAGGAGGAGAAGGAGCGCUACAGGGUCUGGGAGGCCGAGUACAGGGAGCAGGUGCGGCAGCACGCACACACCAUCGUGGCCAUGGAGCAGCGCUGUGUCCAGAGCAGACAGAGAGCCCAGGAGCUGGAGGAGGAGAGGGAAGCGCUGAUUGGACAGCUGAGAGCGUUGGAGGGGAAUCUGGAGAGUAGUAGGCCUGUGAUGAGUACCAGUCCCCUGGAGACACAGACUAAGCAGGCCUCAGAGGUAGCAGCCCUGGAGGGUAAUAUCACUUCACUCAGGGCAGACUUGGCUCAGUCUCAGCUGGAAACAUGUAGCCAGGGUGACCUCAUCGUGGCUUUGAGUCGUGACCUGGCUGCAGCCAAUGCCAGGAUAACAGACAUGACAGGGGAGCUCAGUGAGCAGCAGAAACUACAGUUGGAGCAGCUUAAGGCUCUGGUCGUCGAUCAGAGGGUCCAACUGAGCACUCUCACUCAGAAGCUAAUGCUGAUGUCACAACUCGUGGAGCAGAAAGGGGAGGAGCUUGAGAAAGUGAGGGAUGAAUUGAGGCUUUGUCAGGUGGACCUGGAGAAGAGUCUCAGGGCAGAGAGAGAGAUGAAGGAACAGAGGACAAACCCAGAGCAGACCCAGCCUGUCCACUACUCUGUUGUCUCCUGCAUACCACCACACACAAAGGAAAUGGCCACUGUCACUGCUCCUGGGGAGUAUGCCAAGCAGGGGUCAAAGUCCAGAGGUUAUCGACACAAGGAGGUGAUUCAGCAUCAGAGGGAGGCUCUGUCAGAGAUGAGGGCCAGGAUCAGAGCCUUGGAGCAAACAUGGCCCCUGAAGCGCUUCACCCAGCAGGGGGCACCUAAGAAACAAGCAGGGAGUGAGACGAGCAAACUCAGCACACCGAGGUCUGCAGUGAGUGCCUGGCCACUCCAUGGAGCAUUGGGGGAGGAGACCCUGGAGCGCACAGCCAGACUGGACCUAUCAGACGCCCUGGACCUCAGCGAGAGGACAUACCUGGAUCUGGCACGGGCACUGUGCGAGGCUCUGGAGUUGAGCGAGGGCCAGCUGCAGGGGUGUGUGUCCCUGCAGCACCUGCCCCAGGAGGAGAGGGCCAGUCUGGCUUCCUUGCGUCACGCAGACCUGGAGCUGCUCCGGAGCUGCAUGGCCCUACAGCACAGCCAGGCCCAGCGGCGUGAAACCCUACUGCAGCAGCAGCAUAGAGAAAUGACUACUCUCAGGGAGAGCCAGGCGGCGGGCCAGCAACUCCAGUCCAGGCUGGAUAUGCUGAGGACCGAGCUGGAGACGGAGAGCCAAGAGAGCUGCCUGCUCCGCGAGGCCUUGCGCCACACCCAGAGUCGUCUGGAACAUGAGAUAGACCUAAACACCAGGGCCGUAAAGAGCCGUAAGGCAGUGAGUGUGGAGAAAGUCCAGAGGAGGAGUGGGAAGACAGCCUCUCACAGCUGUGUCCGUACUGAGGCCGGCGACAAGGCGACAGCGAAGACAUCCAGCCUGCUGGAGAGACUGAAGAAGAGGGAGUACGAGGUGGAGACCCUGAAGAGGCAGCUGGGGAAGAAGGAGUUUGGCAAGAUGGCCUCCAAGCUGGAGCUGGCCAUUGUACAGCAGCAGCCUCAACAGGCCCCACCACUGACAGAGCCCUCCUAAUGUACUGUAAUCCUGCCCUACACUGGAGUGACUGGACACCAGGGGCAAGGAGACCGGCUCAAGGGUCCUUUUGACUUGAACAGCGGAGGACACUCAUUACUACGAGACUAGUGAAAACUGCUAGUGUGCGUCACACCAAAGAAUUAGAAAUAUAGCACAGCAGGUCUACUAGAACUCACCUUCCCAUUCAAGUCAGUGUCAGUCUAUUUCAUUGCUUCAUGCGUACUAUACCGCUGCUUCUGGCCAUGAGGAAGUUUCUGCUGGUGGCUGUAUACUACCACACAUCAGAGCCAUUUGUUCUAUAUACUGUAUAGCUCUGCACCGCAUCGUAAUGAGUGAAUGCCCCUAUAGAGAUGAUGGAAUAGUCAAUGCAUGAGCAUGUGGGUGCUAAUGAUGUGUGUUUCAAAGGCAGCUUUUCUCAGCUUCCCUCUGAGCUUUGAAUGUAAAAAGUCUGUCGGGCUAUAUCUGCCACAGCUAUAUUAUUUUAGCCGGAACACUUCACCGCUCUUGUUCAUCCAUUCACCACGGAAAAUGAGGCCGUCUUUAUGCACAACAAUACAAAUGCGUUCCUCUGCAGACAUUUCUGCCGAUACAGUAUAAUAUUUUGGUUGACACGUCAUUGCAAUAUCUCAGCAAUAAAAAAAAAAUGGCCAAGGCGUCCAUUUGAGCAGCUAUUUCGGGAGUGUGAGUGCUACACUAAUGACUGGAAUAUGCCCCUGAACCGCAGAUACAAAGAAAAAAGGAGUCUGUUAUUCCUCCUAUCUGCAGUAGACCUCCUCCCCCACUCACGCCCUCCUCGCUAUGCCUCGAGGUUGUUGUGGUCCGUUAUCGCAGUGGGCAGAGAGAAAAGCUGAUUCAUUUAUUCAUCAUCAGAGCCUUUUCUUGCUCACAGCAGCACACACCGUCACAGUCACGUGAGCAUAGGAUGAGAGAGAGUGGUUUGUGUUGUAUGUGUAUGUGGGAAGGUGUGAAAGGGUCAAGCGUGAGCGAGCAUGCGCAUCAGUGUGUUGUUUUGAGUGCGUGUUUGUGACGUGUGGCAGUGUUCAUGACGUGUGUGAGUGUGUAGGCCUAUGUGUGAGUCUGUCUCGGUUUGUGCAUGUGCAAAAUCUAUUAUUCAGGAUAUUAAUCCUCCAUUGUUCUACAUAAAGCAGAUGCCACAGAUAAUAGAGCCAGUACAUGGUUUGGUUUCUCUUUCUAUUUGUUUGACUCAAUUCCCAUAAGGCAAGGUUCCCAAACUGGCAGCCUACCAAGUGAUUUUAUUUGGCCCCCCAAGUUUUCUCAGCAAUAAAAAAAAAAAAAAGGUUUAUAAUUAUAAUUUUUUUAAAUUUAAUUGUUAGACAUUUAAGACUGUAAAAACACCAGCAAAUCAGCUCAAAGUCAUUUUAAUUUUGGAAAUCUGUUCCAAAGUAAUCUCACGCAUAAUGGAGAAAUAUAUGUGAUCGUAUACAAAUAUAGGUUUGAAAUGAUUAUGCUUUUGUGAAAUAUGAUAUCUGUUUGGGUUUUUUUGCGAUCAAUUUGCAGUCUACAAAUAAUUUCUAUUAUUAUUUCAAAUUAUUAUGUUCUGGGCCCCUGACCGUCUGCUCGAGAAAAUAUUGUCCCGCAGCUGAAUCUAGUUGAUGAUCCCUGUCGUAAGAGAUAAUGAGGGCUACUCCUAAAAAAGCUUCUUGUCUUCCUCACUCACUGACCCAGAUAUGGUAUUUUAGUGCAUACAAGCAGAUGGUACAAUUUUUUGAUGGUACAAUGUUUCUUUGUUGCCUCCAGGCAAAAGGCUGCAUCAGUCUGUCAUCAUUGCUCCUCUCUGAUGUUUGCUAUGGUCUACCUUCCUCUAUGGCCAUGUGCAUCAGUAUAACUUCACCCCAAUGCAUUACUAGUUGUUUCGGUGUCUUUCAAACAUGUUUGUCACUCUAUGCACUUUUGUUUUUAUUGUCUGGACCAUCACAGACAAACCACUGAUUCAUCUCCAGACGCCAUUAUAGUUUGUCUGCUUUCAUUAAUCAGGAUCAAUUAUGUCUGUUUUUAACAUGAGCAUGUCACUCACUGGCAUUGGUAUGCCUUUGAUUUCAGCUGGCAGUCCACAGCGCUGUGUUGAGUUGUAGCUAAUUAUAUGUGUUGACCUCAGCAAUUACUGCUCCUCCUCAGUCAGCCCCUUCUGAGUGGACACAACCAGCUAAUUGGCACUGUGCAGAUUCCAGCGUGUUCCUUAAAGGCAGAAUCUGGGAUAUUUCCUGCUGUUCAAUGGUAAAGUCAAUUCAUGAUCUUGUUCUUGAGGAAUAUAACUUAAACAUUUUAUGGCCUGUUUAGUCCUAACAUUCGUAGCUGCGCCGAUGAAGUUGGCAGUGGUUACAUUUCUCCAGCUCCCAUCCCUCAGCUGUUUGGGCUGAAACUUAACACCAGAUUUUGGCUUUCAUCUUUUUAUAAUCAGCAGAGUGCCCCUGGUUCGCACCAUUGCCUUCGGAAACCGCUAGCUCAGCCACAGUCUCAGUGGCUUCCAUUAGCAAUGCUGAGUCAAGCUUGACCUCUCCUCACUGCUCAUUUACUUAAAGACUAUUCUGUUUUGUUUUAUUAUAAUGUAAGCUAUCGGUGUUGAGAUUCAUUCACACAGAGUUUGUAAAAGCAUUGAGGUUCAGUUGACCUACAUCUGACAGUAUAAAUAAGUAUACAUAUGACAGUAUUUUCUGAUAAGCAGCCACUUCCACAAUAUAUUAUUACACUGAACAAAAAUAUACAUGCAACAUGUAAAGUGUUGGUCCCAUGUUUCAUGAGCUGAAAUAAAAUGUAUUU